AUGGGGAGGAAGAAGAUACAGAUCACUCGGAUUGUCGAUGAGAGGAAUCGACAGGUGACUUUCAUGAAGAGGAAGUUUGGUCUAAUGAAGAAGGCCUACGAGCUCAGCGUUCUGUGUGACUGUGAAAUCGCCCUCAUCAUCUUCAACAGCUCCAACAAGCUGUUCCAGUAUGCCAGCACCGACAUGGACAAAGUCCUACUGAAAUACACUGAGUACAAUGAACCGCACGAGAGCAGAACCAACUCGGACAUUGUCGAGGCACUCAACAAGAAAGAGCACAGAGGCUGCGACAGCCCCGACGCCGAUUCCUCCUACGUUCUCACCCCCAGUACUGAGGAGAAAUACAAGAAGAUUAAUGAGGAGUUUGACCAUAUGAUGAGGAGUCAUAAAAUUUCCACAGUCCCCCCACAACAGAACUUCAUGCACGUAGCUCCUGGCAGCAUGGCAUACAGCCCCGGUGCAGGAGGGGGAGGUGGAGGCGGAGGUGCGACCUCCCAGGCUCUGGCUGCAGCCACAGCAGCUCUUGCUGACAGUGGGAUCCUCUCCUCUCCACACACACACCUCCACAGAAACAUAAACUCUCCACAAAGAUCUCCCAGCACUGGAAACACAGGUGGCCUGCAGGGCAGUUCAGAUCUUGCUCUGCAAAAUGGAUCAGGAGCAGUUGUGAAUGGCUAUGUGGGCUCAUCUGGUGGAAACAGCCUGGGGAAGAUCAUACCGCCCAAAUCUCCUCCUCUCCCACCUCCAGGCAACAGCCUGGCCCCCACCAGCCGCAAAACUGACCUCCGAGUGGUCAUACCCCAGUCCAAAGGAAUGAUGCAAACACUGAGUAACCAGAGGCUGAGCAGCAGUCAGUCCAACCAGCCUCUGUCCACUCCAGUGGUCUCCAUCAACACACCCAGUCUGCCUCAUCAGAGUCUGGUCUACACCGGUAUCAGCUCUGUCUACAACAAUGAUUACUCCCUGAACAGUGCUGACUUGUCAGGCUUCAGCUCCCCUACAGGUCCCUCUUUGGGCUCCAUGGCAGCAUGGCAGCAACACCAGCUGGGCGCACUGGGGUCUGCAAGCUCCAACCUCUGCCUCAACACCAACCACAACAUCAACAUUAAAGCCGAGCCAAUCUCCCCACCCCGCGACCACCUCAGCCACUCAGGUUACAUGACCCAGCCUCAUGGCUCUGCUCCUCAUCAUCACUCCUCUUCCUCCUCAUCCACCAGAGCAGAGAUGGGGAGAUCUCCUGCAGACAGCGUCAGCUCCUCCUGCAGCUCCCACGAAGGCGGCAGCGACCGAGACGAGCAGCAGCAGCAGCAGCGGCCGGACUUCCACUUACUCCCUGUGAGCCGGUCAGAGGGCAGGGAGAGUCCCACAGUCAAACGAAUGCGAAUGGACAGCUGGGUUACAUAGAGCCUAGCAGUCACAUGACAACACAGCAUCAAGGCAAACACAAAGAUGGACACUGUUAUGCAAAUGAAAUGUGGAUUUUAUUGACGUGUUCUGUUAGUUUUCUUUAAAUUAUCUCUGUUUUUGUUUAUUGUUUUGUUAGGGAGGCAGAUGUUUGAGAAGGGUGGAGCAACAUUGGUCUGAAUAUUCUGUGUCUGUCAGAAUCAUCUCAGAAAAUCUUCAGUGGUACUUUAUAAAUAUGAAUCAUUUUAAAAUUAUGGGUCCAAUUUCAGUGCACUCUGUCAUUUUCUUAUUCAGUGGGACGCAGCACACAGAAGAAUGAAAAAGUGCAAGAUUACAGCAGUGAAGUGUUUCUGGGUGUCACUUAUUCAUUGCUGAUCCUUCUCAGGGUUUAAAACGCCUGAGUCCAACGUGAAAGCAAUACUCCCUCCACAUCAUCCUGUUGCUCCUCUUUUAAAAAAACACUUAUUUAUAUCAGCCAAAGCAGUAUGCUGUUUUGUUUUUGUUUUUUUAAUGUCGUGUGAGCGUGUUUUUAUAAUGUGCACAGACAAUAUUUCCUUCAGAUACAGAUUUAAAACUGAAAGCCAUGGACACUUUGUUCUCUACGUGCUACCGAAAAAUGUCUUUAUUGUUUUUGUAUAUAGUAUCUUUAAUAUAUAUCAC